UUGGCCGGGGAGGGGGGAGUACGGAAGCCGGCGGGGCCUGGGUGGGCGUUCCCGCGGACGGGCCGUGCCGGGCGCCGCCAUGGAGCUGGGCGAGAUGCUCUACAACAAGUCCGAGUACAUCGAGACGGCCUCCGGGAACAAGGUGAGCCGGCAGUCGGUGCUGUGCGGGAGCCAGAACAUCGUGCUCAACGGCAAGACCAUCGUCAUGAACGACUGCAUCAUCCGCGGGGACCUGGCCAACGUGCGCGUGGGGCGGCACUGCGUGGUGAAGAGCCGGAGCGUCAUCCGGCCCCCCUUCAAGAAGUUCAGCAAAGGGGUUGCCUUCUUUCCUCUGCACAUCGGGGAUCAUGUCUUCAUUGAGGAGGAUUGUGUCGUCAAUGCGGCUCAGAUUGGCUCUUAUGUCCACAUAGGCAAGAACUGCGUCAUUGGUCGCAGGUGCGUCCUGAAAGACUGCUGCAGAAUCCUUGACAACACAGUGUUGCCCCCGGAAACAGUGGUCCCACCUUUUACCGUUUUCUCUGGCUGCCCAGGGCUCUUCUCGGGGGAGCUGCCCGAGUGCACGCAGGAGCUGAUGAUGGAUGUCACCAAGAGCUACUACCAGAAAUUCCUGCCCCUCACCCAGAUUUGAGAAGCUCCUCCUCUCGGGGGAGGGAGGGUUUAGGACUGGCAUGGCCAAUGGGCACCCUGCAGGCAGCUGACUCCAGAGCUGACCAGCUUCCCAAUCAGGCCACCUUCCUUGUUGGUGACGUCCUCCCUCCUGGAUUGAUCAGACGUUCUGGUUUCCUCUGGAUGGUUGGACGAGGCGAGCCUUGAUCUGGCUCCCUGCAAUGUACUCCAUGAUGAUUUAACUCUACAUCCACUUUGUUCUGUUGAGCAGCAGAGUGAAGCACUCCGUGCUUU